AUUUAUUAUUUCUAUAUAUUUUAUGCUUAUUCUGUCAAUUCUGAGUUUAAUUUUAUUGGGAAAUGAGUGAGAUGAGAGAGAGAUCAAAAUCAAAUCGAAACAAAACAAAACACAGUGCUCAGUACCCUCUCUCACAUUUACUACUAUUUUGCUCUUCUCUCUAGGCCUGCCCUCUCUCCCUAGGGUUUGUUUCACUUAUGCCUUCCCAACUCCUCAGCCUCAGUCUUUCAGAAGUUGAAUGUAGAUGAUACGGAAGGAGAGAAGUUGCCCUGUCCUGUCGGUGGCUCUGAUCUCUGUAAAUGCUCAAUGCUCUCCAUCUUGCAUUUUUGUUUGGUAGAAUAGUUUGUUUCUGAAAGUAAGGUGAUAAAGCAUGGAGUUUUUGAAAAUCAAAAAGUUCAGAAAAUCUCAGAAAGCAAAUGGAGAAAAGGAUUUGGCAGACAAGGCAGUGCCUGAGCCUGAGGAACCAAAGCUGAACACCGAUGGUCCUGAUCAGUGUAAAUCAGAAAACGCAGACUCUGCAGGUGAAGCAGAGGAUGACGAUGAUUUUAUUACCAAUGAGGUUAAGAGGAGGCUAAAAGAAUUGAGAAGAAACAGUUUUAUGGUGUUGAUUCCUGAAGAAGAUUCCUGCCCUGAGGAAGGGGAGGAUGAAGAGGAAGAGGAAGCCGGAGAGACAUGCUCAAAUGAAUGGAGGGAUGUGGAGGCAGAAGGUCAGCAAUGGUGGCGUGGUUUUGAUGCUGUAUUUGAAAAGUACUGUGAAAGAAUGCUGUUCUUUGAUCGGAUGAGCACUCAACAGCUUAGUGAAGUUGGCAAAGGUUCACAGUAUACUUCAACUCCAUCUCCAAGAUCUGCUUCAAAGAAGCUGGCUUCUCCCCUUCGUUGUCUUUCCUUGAAAAAAUUUGAAGAACCUGAUGAUGAGACUGAACAUCUUCAACAGCCUGAGCAUGACCCCUACCAGGAUAUUGAAACAGCAUAUGUAGGUCAAAUUUGCUUGACUUGGGAGGCGCUUCAUUGUCAGUACUCUCAUAUGAGUCAGAAGAUAUCUUGGCAACAUGAUAAUCCUACCUGUUACAACCAUAGUGCACAAGAGUUUCAACAGUUCCAGGUUCUAUUACAAAGGUUUAUUGAAAAUGAACCUUUUGAGCAGGGCCGUCGAGCUGAAAUUUAUGCUCGCACUAGGAACAAUUUGCCUAAACUGCUUCAGGUUCCUAAUAUACGAGGUUCAGAUCAUGAAUUGACUGAUGAUUCAGAGAUGAGAGUUCUUGCUCCUGAUCUUAUCGGGAUAAUUGAAAGUUCUAUCCUUACAUUCCACCUUUUCAUGAAAAGGGACAAGAAAAAGUCAAGUGGUGCUACCAAUCAGAACCAGCUUGAUACUCCUCUACAACAGAUUCAGUCGACUCUUGAAAAGAAAGUGGUGAAGCUGAAGGAACUGCGCAGAAAGAAAAAAAAUUGGAAGAAGAAUUCUUGGCCCCAAAAGCACGAGGACAUUCAGGUUUUGCUUGGCCUUAUUGACGUGAAGAUCCUGUCAAGGGUUCUGAGGAUGACGAGGAUGACUAGAGAACAACUGUUUUGGUGUGAAGAAAAGAUGAAAAAACUGGAUUUAUCAAAUAGUAGGUUAGAAAGGGAUCCAUGUCCCAUCCUCUUCCCUUGCUAGGAUCAGUUGUAUAUCUGAUAAAUAGCAGCUAAUUAUAUAGUAGCAUCAGCUUUAGUUCUUUCUCCUUUGGAUCGAUAACUGUUGCUGGUUUUGAAGACGUCAUCAAAUCGGCCCUACAGCUGUUUAGGAUUUCUUGGGAAGAAUUCGGGAUACUGUAUGACAAUGAGGGCAAGAAUGUUUUCUGUUACCUAAUAUGUAUUCUUGUUCUGUCAAAAUUGUGAGUUUCCAAGUUGCUUUGUGAAACCUCCAAUAUAACAUUGUUGUCACGAAUUAUUCUUGUUGGCUCCCAGAGUCGUCGAUUUAAUGUUUACAACAAUGCAUCUUUUUUGUCUGAAAA